AUGGAAAACUGGCACCAGCUAUCAACGAAGGGGACCUUGACAAUGAGUACUGCGCAUGCGUCAAUAAGCCGGUCGAAACGACACUGAUAAACGAAAACGGAACGUUCAGUCACUGUUGAUCGCUCAAGCAGGCACCAUGUCUCUCACCACUCUAGAAAAGAUCGGGCUUGUCUGCCUCACUUAUCUAGGCUUCAAAAUAGUCCGCAGUAUUUUGCAAUUUGUAUACUGUCAUGUAGUUGCACCAGGCUUGAAGCUUUUCGUCAAUCUCAAACAGCAGGGCCAAUGGGCAGUAAUCACCGGCUGCACUGAUGGUCUCGGAAAAGCAUUCGCAGAAGAGCUGGCUAGUCAAGGAAUCGAUGUUGUUCUAAUUAGUAGAACGAAGAGCAAACUGGACACAUUGGCUGCUGAAAUAGGAGAAAAAUACAAGGUCAACACCAAAGUCGUAGAAGCAGACUUCACUGAAGGAAACUCAGUAUUCUCGAACAUAGAAAAGCAAUUAUUUGGACUUGACAUUGGAGUUCUUGUGAACAACGUUGGACUGAGUUACCCUCAUCCCGAGCAUUUCCUCAACCUUCCUGACCGCGACAAGGUGUACAAUGACAUCAUCCAAGUCAACAUUAACACCACUCUUGCUAUGUGCCAGAUCGUCAUGCCAAGCAUGGUUGAGAAUCGUCGAGGUGUAGUCAUCAACAUUUCUUCAACCGCCGGCCAUAUUCCAUCUCCACUUUUAUCCAUCUAUGCUGCAUCCAAGAUAUUUGUGUCAAAGUUCAGUACAGAUUUGGCCACUGAAUACAAGAAAUACGGAAUCACCGUGCAGUGCCUGACUCCUGGAUAUGUUGCCACCAAGAUGAGCAAAAUCAGGAAAGCUUCAUGGAUGGCUCCCACCCCUAAGACUUACGUCAAGAAGGCCCUGAAAACUGUUGGAAUUGAAGGAUUGACAACAGGAUACUUCCCUCACUCGUUAUUGGUAAAUGCAAUCCAAACCAUGAACGCCAUAUCGCCUAGCUUCGCCGAAUGGAUCGUGAUGCGAACUAUGAUGAGUAUCAGAGCCCGUGCUGUUAAAAAGGCAGCUUCAUAAUUCUCCAUACAUUUUGUGAUAAAAAUCUUUAUAUUUAUUUAACUUUUUUUGAGAAUCUUUCUUAGAAUGUUUUACAAAUAAACUACUAUUUCCUUA